CACGAGCAUUCCAUUAGCAUUAAAGAAGUGGUCCCGAGAUCCUCAACCAUAAGGGUUAGCCGCAGAGCUCUAUUAUUAGACAGCCCCAGGGGCAGAUAUGCUGGGCCACUGGAUUAUGCGUGAUUCACAGCCGCAUAUAGACCGCUGAUCGUGCGAAUUCUCUAUAUAGCUCUCGGAAAAACACCGUUGACAUUAAAUUUAUGUGCGCCACAUUUCAUGGAACAAAUGAAAGUUAGCCAACAACAAAAGUGCUUAAAGAUCACUUGGUACCAACGAGGCGUAUGAGUGAUUAUGUGUAAAAUAUUACGCAUCAACGAACUAGCCAUGACCAAAUCGAAAUUGAAACGAUUCCGAGGUGCUUUGGAGUGAAUUGCCAUGGAUGACAAAAGGCAGGCACUUGGACAACAAAUCAAAAUAGACAGCCUGGCGAGAGCGUUUAGCACAGAUCUUUAUUUUUUGGAUGGCUAUUUAAAACAACAGCCAGAGGACGGAGAAGACGAAGGCGAAGAAGCUGAAAGGCUGAAAAACUAAUUUCGGAAAAUCAAGUAAAAACUGAGCGAAAUACCAAAGAGUUACGGAAAAGAAGAAGGCUGCUGCCUGACUGUCACGACAACACUUUCUUGUGUGAACGAGCGCCAAAAAGGCCGCGCCGCACGGCUCCUCUGUCCCUCCAUCCUCAUCGCCAUACCCAUCCUAUUCCAACCCCAUCACCCAUCCCAUCCCAUCCCCCAACCCAUUCCCAGGCAUCCAUUGUGCCCCAUCAGGCAAGGCAACCUCCACACCAUCCAUCGUCUCUCAAUAGAGAAAUGCUUAGAUGCGAUUCUCAGUCCCCAUGUGCACACAUAAUGGAAUGAAGAAAAUUCCGUCGUCCAACAAUUGCACGCUGGGCUAGCUGAAAUGCAAAUAAAGCACAACAAAAAAAAAUCAGAAAAAAGACUCGGACUUGUCACUUUGCUGCGGAUUUGCAUUGGCCGGGCUGUUUUUGGGGGGCCUCCAAUGGUCGGCGGUGCAGCAUAGACCGAGAAAUCCCCAAAAUCUUGGUCUAGCCUCAUAUAAAUAGCCCUCGGACAAAAGUGUGAACCAACCAAGCAACCCAACCACCCAACCUACCCAUCAGCCCGCCCGCCCAGUGCAUCGCAUAUGUAUCUACGAUCCGAACAAUGGAAAUUGCCAAAUUUAUAGUGCACCCAGAAACCCACAGCGGCACUGCGAUCAGUUCGCCCAGGCCAGGCCAGCCAAGGAAAACUUAUUUUAUUUAAAUAAAUUUAGUUUAAUUGCCAGCGAAGAGCACACGAAUGUGUGAUUGUGUGCUUUUAUUGUAAUUCCGAUUCGUCAACUGGGCACUCAGCGCAGAAAUGCCCGACUUCGUCCAUGUGAGCCAAAACCCAGAUGAAUUAUGGAACAUGUAAAUAGCACUAAUGCCAGACAAACGCAGCACCAUCAUUUCGAUCAGCAGCUGCCAAGCAACGACAACCAGCAGCAGUUCUGUCUGAGAUGGCACAAUCAUCAGACCAGCCUGCUGAGCACCCUGCCCAUUCUGCUGGACCAGUCCCAUCUCACUGAUGUGACCAUCUCGGCCGAGGGCCGCCAGCUGAGGGCCCAUCGCGUGGUCCUGAGUGCCUGCAGCAGUUUCUUCAUGGACAUCUUCCGGGCUCUGGAGGCGAGUAACCACCCGGUGAUCAUCAUACCCGGAGCCAGCUUCGGGGCCAUCGUAUCUCUGCUCACCUUCAUGUACUCCGGCGAGGUGAACGUCUACGAGGAGCAGAUCCCCAUGCUGCUCAACCUGGCCGAGACGCUGGGCAUCAAGGGACUGGCCGAUGUCCAGAACAACAAUCUACCAAAGACAGCGAGGAGUGGAGGGUCCUACAUGGAUGCGGCCAACGAGAAGUCCUCUGACUUUGAGCGUCCCAGCACGCCUUCGCCCACGCCCACGCCCACCAUCACGCCCUCCCACACGCCCACUCCCAGCCUGCCCCUCCCCCUGCCCCAGUUGCCCAGUUCGGCGCUCAGCACGCCCCUGCUGGCCAACAAGCUGGGAUCGGUGGGGACGACCGGCAUGGGCACCACGCCCCUGGAGAAUCUCUUCAAGUCCCUUCAGUUCUACCCCAGCCUGCUGCCCCAGCCGCUCAACUUCUCGCAGACGGCGCUCAACAAGACCACCGAGCUGCUGGCCAAGUACCAGCAGCAGUGCCAGCUGUACCAGAGCGGAUUGCAGGAGGAUCACCUGGAGGCGGACUGCUACGGCUCCAAGCGGCCGAAGGGCGAGAGUCCGCCCAAGGAGCUGCGGCGUCUGGAGAAGAGUCUGGCCAAGAAUACCAAAGCCUCGUCGACGGCCAACAGCACCAGCAGCAGCAGCAAGUCGCCGCAGGAGUGCUCCAUGCCCAAUCCCAUAGUGGCCACCUCGCCCGUGACCCUUGCUCCGCCGGCCAUGGCCCACUUUUCGCCCCAGCUGCCGGUGGUCAAGUGCUCCUCGGCCAGUUAUCCCAACUCACAGCUGGGGCAGGGUCAAUUGUACAGCAGCAAGCCCCCGCUUUAUAGUGCCGCUGCCACGCCCACAUCCGCCCAGCAGGCGGCCCAGAUGCACCACCACCACCACCACCCAUCGCCGCAGGGUCCGACGCCCUACAUCUCCGCCGAGGAUCACGCCAAGCUGCAGCUCCACAUCGAGCAGUAUCAGCGGGAGGCGGCUGCAGCAGCUGCCGCGGCUGCCGGCGGAAUGGCGCUGGUCAGCGCCAAGUCGGAGCCCAACCUGCUCUCGCUGAGCGCCGACCGCGACAAGUCGCUGGCCGCCGCACCCAUCAAGCCGCCCUCCAACUCCAAGCUCUACGCCACCUGCUUCAUCUGCCACAAGCAGCUGAGCAACCAGUACAACCUGCGCGUCCACCUCGAAACCCAUCAGAAUGUGCGGUACGCCUGCAAUGUGUGCUCCCAUGUGUCCCGCAGCAAGGAUGCGCUGCGCAAGCACGUCAGCUACCGGCAUCCUGGGGCGCCUUCGCCCUGCGAGAACGAGGCUCGCCGGAAGAGGGUCUCCAAGCUGGCGGCGACCACUCUGCCCUCGGGAGCCACGCCGAAUCCCAUGCCCCUGGCCGCCAGUCACACGGUGACCAGUGGCGAGGUGGGUCCGGCUCCAGGCACGGCCUUGGGAUGUUCGGGCCAGGAGGCAAGGAAUCCGUACCUCUUCCUGCCCAACCAAUUUCAGAUGGCGGCUGCCGCAGCCGCCGUGGCCGUGGCCGAAUCCUCGCCAGCUUCUGGUCAGCCAUCGCUGGACUUGGCCCACGAGGCGCCGCCGGGCAUCAAGAGCGAACGGGAGCCACCGGCGGCCAGCAACGGGGAGGCGACAGGUGUGGAGACCACGACGGCAACCACCUGAGGAUAAUGUUUUCAAAUAUUUUUGAUUUGUUCAACUCACAACACACACACGCACACAGACACAAGGAACACGCCCACCCACGCACACGCAUAUUCAAAAUAGUGUUGGGUCGUAUCUUGAGUGAGUCAAAAAAAGGGUUCUUGAUCCCAGGCUUGAUUUUUAUUCCGAUCAAAUCCAUUGAAAACUGAAUCGAUAUGUUUUAAUCAGCGCUUACCAGCAGAAGUAGCUAAUUUACCCAUAGGGUAUAACAUGAUUUUACACACACCGAAACUGAUUUUAAUAUUUUUGAAUGCUUCAUACAUAGGCAAAAAUAUUUCUCAGGAUUAAAACUAAAAUUUAAACUCAUCCUAAAAAAAAUUCAAAAACUACAGAACCCACAGGUUUCGAACGUGUAUAAGAAAAUAAUUUUUCAGUUACUAAAGUUUGGACUGAAAUGUAAUCUCUUAAAUCUCUGAUUCUGAACUCUUUCUAUGGAUACUAAAAAAAAAAAGGUUGAUACAUUUAAAAACGAUAAUUUAUAUUUAAAACAUAUUCUAAAACGUUUCUCAAAUAUUUUUUAAACAAAGAAAGCUAAUAUCUUCUUAAACUAUAUUUUUUAACUUAAAAAGAUGAUACAAUUUCUUCAGAUUUGAUCGGAUUUAAAAAACAAAUGACAAGUGAAAAGAACAUAAGAUUUACCCACUCUAGAAGGGCCCAGCACUGAUAUGCCAUCUUUUAGCCCCACCGAAACCGAAACCGAACCAACGUCUUAGACCCGGCUGUGAUAAUUAGCGCAAUUCGUUUUUCGUCCUCUGCACACAACACAUGCGAGCGCCUUUCUAGCUAUCUUAAUUUAUGUACUUACUUUAGCACAAUUUACGUUUAUUAUUUCGGGAACUGUAGCAACCUCCGAGGCUCUCGAACUGCAAGUUACAAAAACACUUACCCAUCGCUUUCACUCGCUCUCUCACAAGCACACGUCCACACAUUCUAGUAAACUAAGCCAAGUUUUUAUAAAUAUUGUAAUUAUACACCUGAACACGCACACACACUUGCACACAAAAAGACAGGGUGAAGACCUACCAAUCCAAAAAACACACAACUUUUAAAGGAAUAAAUGUUUAAGAAGCCAAAGAUACUGUGCGUGUUUAGCUGAUUCCCCAUCGACAACGACAAGAACCAAAGGAAUGGA